AUGGAUACUUCGGGUGUAACAAGUCCCACACAAAGUUCUCAAUGUAUUCGAACUCAUGAAAGUUUUUGCACACAGUUCUGCGCUCAAGUUGACAAAUAUGUUGCCAGUGAAUGUCCUCAAAAUAAUGAGAAAUAUGUGCAACAGAUAACCAAAAUUCUGUUACAGUUAUCGGAGGAACGUCGUUGGCAGAAUUUUACGAACUUUGUGAAGCAGCAAUGUGAAAAGGAUGGAGGAGAAUUGUUUUCGAAUUUUGUCAAACGUUGGUACACUGCCAUAGGUCAUGUGAACGCCGAAACGGAUCAUGUUUUACCGAUGUUAUUGCUGGUUAUGGAAGUAAUGAAAAUUGAUAACCUUGGAUAUGAACCCAUUAUAGUUCUACAUGAUGUGCUUGAAGAGCAGAUAUAUAAAAUGAAUGGAAAUGAUACAAAAAUUCUUGGUACAUAUAUUGCGGAGAAUUUCAUAAGCGGAUGUAUAUUGAAAAAAAGCUGGUUGAGCGCUACAGCCAUAUUUAUUCAGUGUGUGGUAAAAGCAAAGGGUAAGUUAAUUGAAUGGGAGGAGAAUACUGUCGAUUGUAUGGAAUAUCGUGUUGCCUUUUUAUUGAAACUGCUAAGUGAUGUUGUAAGCUGCAGUUCUUUAAAAGAAUUCGUCUUUCUGCUGAGGAAAUGUUCCCUGCAUGAGAUCCUUAAUUUAUUUGUGGAAAAAAUGUUGUAUACUGAAGCAACACCAGAAAUCUGCUUGAAAUUGAUUGUCGUGCUUCCUGAAGUAAUUAACUGGAAAGGAGAACAAGUAUGCGACCACUUGUUGACGAAAGCGGAUUUUCCGUUCGAGGAUUUAUACAUGUUAUCAGUUGAACUUCAUGAACUAUUUGAAUCUAGCGUUACUAUACCGAAACUAUUCCUUGCUCGAUUAAAGCGCCAUCGGCAGCUUGUAUCAUGCAGUAGAUUCGCAUUGAUAUGCCUGCUGUCACUCUGUAAUACAACACGAUAUCAUUCGGUGAGUAUGGCGGAGCUGAAACAGAAUGUCGUGAAACUACAGAAACAUUGUGACGGGUUGAGAAGAAGUGCUUGGGUUCGUGAUGUUGUGGGCGACUGUGAUGUAGAAACUUUGAAAGGCAAUUUAGAUGCAGUUGUUGAAGUUGCAGUUAGUGAUACCAAGUGGUGUUCUGUUAUUGGCAGUGCACUUGAACAAGUUGCAUUCAUGCUGCUGCUAGAUAAGUGCAAUACUGAAAUUAAAAUCUCGAAUGGCAGAAUUGCGGGCGAUACUGGUGCUGUAUCAUUGGGCAAGUCAAUACUGGUCUCACUAGCAAGAGUAGAUGUGGCAUCCAUUGGCCAGCUGCUUGAAAGGAUCCUUACAAUAUUGUUCACGUGUGUUAAGCAGAACUCUGCACUUAUUCUGAUUGAUACGAUUGUUGAUAUUGUAUCGCAGCAGACAGUACAUGUAUUGAAUGCUUGGAAAUCCCUGCGAUCCUGGAUGGACAGUAUAUGUGAUCUAAAGGAGAGUAUUGCUGUUUCACUGGUUCGCGCUUUACUUCCAGUUAUUAUAUUACGUCCACAGUUAAUUGCCAUUAUGCUUAACCGAAUGAAAAAAUAUGUGCUAUGUGGUUCAACAGUUGCUACAGUCUUACCGAUAUUACUUCUCCUUCUACGGUCGUCAACAAUGCGUUCGGCUGUAAAAAGUGAUUAUUACAGCCAAUCUUUCGCUACUUUUUCCACUCAGGCUCUACAAAACAUGGGUGUUGAAACGAAAAACACGAAUGUGGAGCUUUCGUUGGAGAUCAUUGGAAUCUUGAAACGAACUUUUUCGCAGCCUGCAAAUGUGAAAAGCAUGUUGUACAGAGGUGUUGUUGAAGCAGCAUCUGCUAAUCAAAAUUUGGUGUAUCCGACUUUGGAUCUUCUAGUAACACAUCUUGCAACUUUGCAGCAAAUAUCUCUUUGCACCUACAUUGAAUCUUCGAAAUCCUCUACUAUUCUACUUGAACCUUUGUCUGACUUAGUUCAGGCUGUUAGCUUACUGAUGCGUUUGUCGAUAUAUAGUUUACGAAAUACAUCGACUCAAGUUGUAUGUGGCGAAAAUGCUAAAGUAUGUCAGGCCAUGUUCGAACUGGAUAAGCUUGUUGAAUUUGCUAUAGACCGAGAUGUGCACGACCUACGGCUGGAUAAGCUUUCGGAUUUUUCACUUUCCGCUACUGGUCGCGCAAACCUGAGCUUCGCAUCACUGAUGAUCUCCCUUUACGACGCUCUUAUUGAACACCUAUGGAAUGUAAGCUGUGCGCUUACCAGGAGAGAAGUAACGGAAAAAGUGCUGGCGUUAUUGCGUAGACGUGAGGAAUUGGACGAAGUUUUGAAGGAAAAAUCUGCCAAAAAGAAAGAAAGCAAAGGAGAUAAAAUAGCAAUAGCUUAUUCAUCUACUACACCCUAUCUGCAGUCCAUAACGAGCAUACUUUCACGAUUCAUUCAAAGCGUUAAUGAAGAAGGUAUCGAUAUAGACGAAGAAUGCUUGCAACUUCUACGUGAAAAUGCAUUUGUGUGGGCGAUGGAUUGGGCACAGCGGAUUUCCAUUGAUAUAUAUAAGUGUAAAACUCACGCACCCUUUGUCGUUCUUUCCUCCUUUUCAAGGAUCAUGCUUCUUCUAUACAUAGGUGGUAGUUUUGUUCAUGAAUCAGCUUCAUUUGAGUUGUGGAAUCAUAAAUGUACACAAGCUGCUAUGGCUUUCUCUAACGUAAUUUCUUUGAUGAUCUCAAAAUAUGGUUCUCGUUGUGAUGGUUUUCUUAUGGAAAUGUGGCAAAUCGUAGACAAAUCGAACGGAGCUCAACGAAAGCAUGAAAAUGCUGCAUCUCUGUUGAUUCAAUUCAUCUUGUCACAUCUAAUGCCGAAAUUACUUGAGACUUAUAAAGAUUUCGAGGAACGGAUGAUGGCAUCAGAUUUUACUCAUCAAGUAUUUGCAUUAAUUGCCACCUGUCGUGCACUGUUCAAGCAGAUAUCAAAUGAUAAGGCGCAAUUGAAGUGUGCAAAGCUUACUCGCAAUAUAUUGCAAAAAAAUGAAAUAAACAAUAAAACUGUAUUGAAAGAAAUUUGGCACCUCUAUAUGCAUAUAGAACGAGCUGGUAACUGUGACUUUCAUUAUACGAAUUUUCUGCGCACUGUUGCCACUCAAAUAAUAGCUCUCCUGAGCGAUAAGGAAAAAGGAACGGCUCAUUUCUUGGCAUCCAUAAAUGAUAUAACAGUGGAAACAAGUGCAGAAAUGAUUGCUGAAGCCUGCUCAGCUUCUCUAUCAGAUGCGCGUUUGACCACCGAGAUGAUGUCUCAGAUUUUCAUAUCCUCAAUGGAUGUUGGUCUCGUCAAAGUAAUUGACUUAUGCAGCAGGUUAGCGGAUGUUGUUCUUCUGUUGCUCUCAGUACACAUUGAUUAUGCAGUAGCCAAAGAGCCGAUCUGUGCACUGUUAACUGCGCAGUACGAGACACUUAAUGUUGUUGUUAAAUUGAUGUUGAAAACACACAAACAUGGUGAUAUUUCGGAAUGGAUGUCUGUAACGAAGUUAGCAACUCUUGCUCGUGGCAGUGUUCUCCGAAUUAUGGAGAACGCCGAUGAAAAUGUAGGAACACUGAACCCACUUGACGAACCGUCUCUUACUCAUAAUCGAAAGAUAUUGAAGUCUCAGAAGGAUGAAACGCUUUAUGUUACCUAUGUACGAUCAAGAGAGCUUUAUCAGGCCAAUCUCUUGCUACUGUGUUCAGCCCUGCGCGAUGAUCGGUUAGACAUACAAGUCAGAAACAAUUCGAUUGGUGUUCGAGAUUUCCGUAUAGAUGCCGAAAAAUUGCGGCAGAGAGUGGAAGAACUGGGUGAGGAGGCUGAGAACGAGGGACAGGUGCGGGAGGAGCAAAGACCGGUUAAGAAGCGUGCACGCACUGAGAAAGAAGGUGUCAUUAACGCCUGA